AUGGCGUUUCGACCGCCAGUACCAACCGAUCCACGUCUGUUUUCAAAAUCUCGCAAACGAUGGAUCCUUGCCUGUCUAGCAUUGGGCUCAUCGCUCAAUGGCUUUUGCUCGACUAUUUAUUUUCCGGGUAUACCAGAUAUCACUUCCGAGUUUGGUGCAUCAGACAUUGAAGUGACAUUGACAACUUCAUUCUUUAUGCUUUUCGGCGGUAUUGGCCCGAUCAUGUGGGCAUCCAUGUCAGAUCAUUACCAUAUUCGCAGGUUUUUAUAUCUCAAUUCGCUCCUGCUAUUUUCAGUGGCAUCGGUCGGUUGUGCAUUGUCAGUGAAUGUUUACAUGCUAAUUAUAUUACGGUGCAUCCAAUCGAUCGGUACCUCAGUGACCAUCUCUGUUGGCGCAGGCACUGUUUCAGAUUGUUGGAUGAUCACUGAACGAGGAACUGCUUUCAGUAUUCUAUUUAUCGGCCAAUUCUUUGGUCCACUUAUUGAUUAUAACAUCAUGUCUGAUAAAUUAGGUCCCGUCCUUGGUGGAUGGUUAACUACUUUGCUUGGUUGGCGAUCUACAUUUUGGUUUUGUACCGGCUAUGGUCUCUUUUUAUUUUUCUUCUUGUUUACCUUUUUACCGGAAACGUACCGAAUCGAAGGAAGAUUUCCCGAUAGGAAGCCAUCGUCAAUAGUGAACGAGAGGGAUUCGUCAUUAGCUGUGGUAGACGACUCGGAUGCUACGAUUGGACGACGAGAAGACGAGGAAGCAGCAGUAGAAGUUAGCUCCAUUGCAACAGCCGACACUGGCUCGGUGAGCGAAGCUCGGGUAGCUCCUGACAGUGGGCAGCAAGAACAAAAAUCAUCACAGCAGCUACAGCAACGAAUGAAUCCAUUACUCAGCAUCUUACUGCUAAGACACAUGUUUGUUUUACUGAUUGCCUUGGAAAUUGGUAUUAUUUUUGGAACCAUGUUUACUAUCGAAACCGUGAUUCCGGAACUCUACGAAACAACAUAUGGCUUCGAGUCAUGGCAAACAGGGCUGAGUUACCUAGGCGCAGGACUGGGCAAUCUUGUGGGCUCAAUCGUAUCUGGGCGGUUGUCUGAUUAUUUAUUGAAACGAGCGCGUCAACGACGUGGAGGCACAGCCAUGGCCGAGGAUCGACUGACUAUGAAUGCCUGGCCGGGUGGAUACAUCUUGGUGCCACUAGGUGUUCUGAUCUUUGGUUGGAGCGUGCACGCACAGCUGACUCCCUGGGCAUCCAUUAUUGGGUUUAGCGUAGUUUGCUUCGGCAUGACCCAGGCAUAUACUGCCGGUUCGGCAUAUCUUGUUGACUCGAUCCCUGGUCGUGGAGCGUCUGUUACAGCUGCCUCUAACCUCAUGCGUAUGAGCAUGGCUUGUGUUCUCAGUCUCAUUGCUCAGCCUACAGUCAAUUCGAUUGGGGCUGGUUAUUUGUCGGUUGUCCUGGCCGGGGUCAAUGUGCUUGGUAUUUCGCUUUUCUUAUUAGUCAAAUUCAAGGGACAAUCUAUGCGCAAACGUGCAGGCUAUGGCGAUAACCAUGAAUAA